AUGUUGUACGAGCUGAUUGCAAUUGUCCGCCCGGGCAGCCUCAACGAGGUGCGAGAAAUCGCCCGUAACGCCGGUACCCAAGUCAUCCGCUCCGGCGGCGUCGUCCGCGGAUACACCAACUGGGGCGCCUUCCGUCUUCCCAAGGUUACCACAAAACAUCAGGCCCGAUACACCGAUGGCCACCACUUCAUCAUGCGCUUCGACUCCUCCGGAGCUGUUCAGUCAUCUAUUCGUCGCACUCUUGGUCUCGACCCGCGUAUGAUCAACUUUUCUGUGGUCAAGCUCGGAGACAAGCUCGAGGAGAUCAAGGAUGUGAACGGCCAGGUGCCCUGGAACAACGUUCGCUCCAUCACGGAUCAGAUUCCCAGCAGUAAGAACGCAACAGUCCAGGAGAAUCAGGAUACGACUGCCACCACCGAGGGAGAGACCCUCACCGAGGAAGAGAACCCGGACAUUUCAGAUGCGGACGUUUCAGGUGCACCAGCUGUUUGA